AUGUUGGACAAAAUCGUCGGUCUCGCCAUGCUCGUGGCCGCUUCCGUCGUCUUCACCUACUACACCAUCUGGACCCUUCUCAUGCCCUUUGUCGACGACGAUCACCCUCUCCAGAACUUCUUCCCUCCUCGUGUUUGGGCCAUUCGCAUCCCCGUCAUUAUCAUCCUCCUCGGUUCCGCUGUUGUUGGCUCAUUCCUCGGCAUGGUUAUGAUUCGGAGCAACCAGAAGAAGGCUGCAAAGGCCAAGGCUGCCGCGAAGAAGGCCAACUAG